CCUCUUUUACCUCAGCAGAAAUAUCCUACAAAAGAAAAAAGGAGAAUUUAAAAAAAAAAAAAAAUCUCUUCUCCAAAACCCAAGUUUAUUCUUUUUUUGUGGUUUCUUCAAUUAUUAUUGCCACCUCAAGAUUCAUAUUUGAUCUCUCAAAUUUAUAUAAAAUGUUCAACCUUUACACAUGAUAUCAUAUCCAAAUAAAAUGCAACAUUGAAUUCAACUCCCAGAAACGGAGAGAAACAAAGAGGGGAAUUUUGAAGAAUGUCUAUGAGAAAACCUUUGCAGAAGCCACCUGGAUACAGAGAAACUGGAAUACCAAUUCAAAGGCCGCCACAAUCACCAUUCUACCCAGAAAAAAAUAAUUCGCGCAAAAGGAGUUUCUGCUGUUGUUGUUGUUGUUGUUACUUCUUCAUCAUCUUAAUUUUCUUAAUCCUCUUAUUUAUUGCUGUUGGUGCCAUUCUUUAUCUAUGGUUUGAUCCAAAACUCCCUAUUUUCCACUUAAAAUCCCUCGAAUUCACCAAAUUUAAUAUCACAGACAGUCCAGACGGGCCUAAAUUGAGUGCACAAGCAACAGUUAGUGUAGAGCUGAAAAAUCCAAAUAAACAGCUCAAGAUUAUAUAUGGAAAAACAAACAUAGAAUUGAAAGACGACGAUGGUGUUACUUUGGGUAAUGGAAACGUUCCAGGCUUCGUCCAGGGGACGAAGAAUGUGACAGUGGUUAAAUUUGAUAUUAAUAUGAAUGAAUUGUUAUACAGCGAAAAUGUUGCGAAAGUAAGAGAUGGAUUAAAGAACAAGAGCUUGAAGGUUUCUGCUGAUGUUGGAACUGGUUUUGGAAUUGGAUUUAGUGGUUGGAAAAGUCAAACAAUUGGAGUUAGAGUGAGUUGUGGAGGUUUGAGCUUGAAGCAAAUGGAAAAUGGUGCUUCACCAAAAUGCCAGAUUACUGUGCUUAACUGAAUUCAUCUAGAUUGAUUAAUUUUUUCAUGCCUAUGGGCACGCAUCAGAGGCAGAGUCAGGAUUUGAAGUCAGCUCCGACAGACAGGAGGAAUAUGAGUUACUACGGUGCUACAUUAUACAUGAAUAAGACGCAUAUAUUGGUUUAAACACCUUGUGUGUGUGUUUAUAUAUAUAUAUUACAGGUGAAGAGAAAUGGUAAAGAUAAAAGGAAUGGAGUAUAGUGUUAGUUGAAUACAUAGAAGAACUAGAGGUGUUCUCUCCAUUUCUUAGUAGAUGUCUUUGUACAAAAAUGUCAAGUGACUAUGUAUACUAGGAAUGACAAAAUCAGUAUGUACUAUGACUAACUUGUAAUAUAGUUUUUAAGCAAAAAAGAAAAGCAUUAUAA